CGCAGCGCCGGGGCCAGCGAUGAGCGCGAGGAGCCGGCAUGAGCGCAGACAGCAGCCCUCUCGUGGGCAGCCCGCCCGCACCCGCCGAUUAUGGGACCCUGACGAUAGAGACCUCUAUCGAUCCCCUCAGCUCCUCAAUUUCAUCCGUGAGGCUCAGCGGCUACUGUGGCAGUCCAUGGAGGGUCAUAGGCUAUCACAUCAUGGUCUGGAUGAUGGCAGGGAUCCCUUGGCUGCUGUUCCGGUGGAAGCCGGUGUGGGGGGUGCGGCUGCGGCUCCAGCCAUGCAACCUGGCCCGCGCCGAAACACUCGUCAUCGAAAUAAAAGACAAAGAGGAUAGUUCGUGGCAGCGCUACACUGUCCAGGUGCAGACUGAGGCCAUCAGCGAGAGCAGCCUGGAGCUGCCCCCACAGGCCCAGCUGGAGGAUGGCCGGAGCCAGGCAGCUAUAGGGGCAGUACUGGAGGGGACAUGGAAGGACACCACCCAGCUCCACAGGAAGGAGGAAGCAAAGCGUGUGCUGCGGUACUACCUCUUCCGGGGCCAGCGCUAUGUCUGGAUUGAGACCCAACAAGCCUUCUGCCAAGUCAGCCUGCUCGAUCGUGGCCACACCUGUGAUGAUGUCCACCACUCCCGCUCUGGCCUCAGCCUCCAAGACCAAACUGUGAGGAAGGCCAUCUACGGCCCCAACAUGAUCAGCGUUCCAGUCAAGUCCUAUCUCCAGCUACUGGUGGAUGAGGCACUGAAUCCUUACUAUGGGUUCCAGGCCUUCAGCAUUGCGCUGUGGCUGGCCGACCGUUACUACUGGUACGCGCUGUGCAUCUUCCUCAUCUCUGCCAUCUCCAUCUGCCUGUCGCUGUACAAGACCAGAAAGCAAAGCCAGACCCUGAGGGACAUGGUCAAGCUGUCCAUGCAGGUGUACGUGUGCCGGCCAGGGGGAGAGGUGGAAUGUGUUGACUCCAGUGAGCUGGUACCAGGAGACUGCCUAGUGCUCCCCCAGGAGGGUGGGCUGAUGCCCUGCGAUGCCGCCCUGGUGGCUGGCGAAUGCAUGAUCAACGAGAGCUCUCUCACCGGGGAGAGCGUUCCAGUACUGAAGUCAGCCCUGCCAGAAGGGCUGGUGCCCUAUUGCCCAGAGACCCACCGGCGGCACACACUCUUCUGUGGGACCCUCAUCUUGCAGGCCCGGCCCUACAUGGGACCCCACGUCCUGGCAGUGGUGACACGAACAGGGUUCUGCACGGCUAAAGGGGGCCUGGUGAGCUCCAUCUUGCAUCCUCGACCCAUCAACUUCAAAUUCUACAAACACAGCAUGAAGUUUGUGGCCGCCCUCUCUGUCCUGGCUCUCCUCGGCACCAUCUACAGCAUCUUCAUCCUCCACCACAACCGGGUGCCGCUGAAUGAGAUUGUGAUCCGGGCUCUGGACCUGGUGACAGUGGUGGUGCCGCCCGCCCUGCCAGCCGCCAUGACCGUGUGCACACUGUAUGCUCAGAGCCGCCUGCGGAAGCAGGGCAUCUUCUGCAUCCACCCGCUGCGCAUCAACCUGGGGGGCAAGCUGCGGCUGGUGUGUUUUGACAAGACAGGUACCCUCACUGAGGACGGCUUGGAUGUGAUGGGCGUGGUACCCUUGAAGGGGCAAGCAUUCCUGCCGUUGGUCCCAGAGCCCCACCAUCUGCCCAUGGGGCCCCUGCUCCGAGCAUUGGCCAGCUGCCACACCCUCAGCUUGCUCCACGGCACUCCAGUGGGCGACCCCAUGGACCUCAAGAUGGUGGAAUCUACUGGCUGGGUCCUGGAGGAGGCACCGGCAGCAGACUCGGCACUCGGGACCCAGGUCUUGGCAGUAAUGAGACCCCCGCUCAGGGAGCCCCAGCUGCAGGGAGUGGAGGAGCCCCUGGUACCCGUCAGCGUCCUCUGCCGCUUCCCCUUCUCUUCCGCCCUGCAGCGCAUGGACGUGGUGGUGGCAUGGCCAGGAGCCACACAGCCCGAGGCCUACGUCAAGGGCUCCCCAGAGCUGGUGGCAGGCCUCUGCAGACCUGAGACAGUGCCCACCGAUUUCCCCCAGAUGCUACAGAGCUACACAGCCGCUGGCUACCGUGUUGUGGCCCUCGCCAGCAAGCCACUGCCCAUUGCAGCCAACAUGGAUGCAGCUCAGCAACUGACGAGGGAUACCAUAGAGCAGGAGCUGAGCCUCCUGGGGCUGCUGGUCAUGAAGAACCUGCUGAAGCCACAGACGACCCCGGUUAUCCAGGCUCUGCGGAGGACCCGCAUCCGUACCGUCAUGGUCACAGGAGACAACCUGCAGACUGCUGUCACUGUAGCCCGGGGCUGUGGCAUGGUGUGUCCCCAGGAGCGUCUGGUCAUCAUCCACGCCACGCCCCCUGAGCGAGGCCAGCCUGCCUCCCUUGAUUUCCUGCCAGUGGAGUGCUCUGCAGCCAUGAAUGGGCCUAAGGACCCUGGGCAAGCUGAGAGCUACACCAUGGAGCCGGAUGCCCACUCCAAUCACCUGGCCCUCAGCGGGUCCACCUUCAGCAUCCUGAUGAAGCACUUCCCCAAGCUGCUACCCAAGGUCUUGGUCCAAGGCACCGUCUUCGCCCGUAUGGCCCCCGAGCAGAAGACUGAGUUGGUGUGUGAGCUACAGAAGCUUCAGUACUGCGUGGGCAUGUGUGGGGAUGGUGCCAAUGACUGCGGGGCGCUAAAAGCAGCUGAUGUGGGCAUCUCACUGUCCCAGGCUGAGGCCUCCGUCGUCUCGCCCUUCACCUCAAGCAUGGCCAGCAUUGAGUGUGUGCCCAUGGUCAUCAGGGAAGGCCGGUGUUCCCUGGACACGUCGUUCAGCGUCUUCAAGUACAUGGCCCUGUAUAGCCUGACCCAGUUCAUCUCUGUCCUGAUCCUCUACACGAUCAACACCAACCUGGGCGACGUGCAGUUCCUGGCCAUCGACCUGGUCAUCACCACCACGGUAGCUGUACUUAUGAGCCGCACAGGGCCAGCUCUGGUGCUGGGACGGGCACGGCCACCAGGGGCGCUGCUCAGUGUGCCCGUGUUGGGCAGCCUGCUGCUGCAAGUGGCCCUGGUGGCUGGCGUGCAGCUCGGGGGCUACUUCCUGACUGUGGCCCAGCCCUGGUUCGUGCCUCUGAACAGGACGGUGCCUGCACCGGACAACUUGCCCAACUACGAGAAUACAGUGGUCUUCUCUCUGUCCAGCUUCCAAUACCUCAUCCUGGCCGCAGCUGUGUCCAAGGGGGCACCCUUCCGCCAGCCACUCUACACCAAUGUGCCCUUCCUGGUGGCCCUGGCGCUCCUGGGCUCCGUCCUGGUGGGCCUCAUCCUGGUCCCCGGCCUCCUGCAGGGGCCGCUGGCGCUGAGGAACAUCACGGACACCUGCUUCAAGCUGUUACUGCUGGGCCUGGUGGCCUUCAACUUCGUGGGGGCCUUCAUGCUGGAGAGUGUGCUGGACCAGUGCCUCCCAGCCUGCCUGCGGCAGCUCCGGCCCAAACGGGCCUCCAAGAAGCGCUUCAAGCAGCUGGAGCGUGAGCUCACCGAGCAGCCCUGGCCACCGCUGCCCACUGCCCCCGUGAGGUAGUGUAGGCCUCGUCCAACACCCUGGACACUGGAUCUCCCAGCCUGUGAACUGCCCACUGGACCCCUUUUCCCAGAGACACUACCACCACCACCUCCUACAGCCCUCUGAGGUUGGCGGUCACAUUCCUGCCCCAAGUCCACUCAGCCUGGCCUUCCCUGUCCCCACCUGGGGAAGCACUGACUGUUUUUGUCCCCCAGUACAGACCAUUCCAUGUAGAGAUAGCAGCCACCACCCCCCCUGAGCUGCUGGUAAUGUAGCAAAUAAAAUCAUAAUAUUUUCCUGGCA